GAAUCAGUUCAAGUUUCACUUUCACUUUCACUUUCAAGAAUCACAGUUGAGAGUUGUUCCAGGAAAUAUUGAGUUGCUAGAACUCUUGUUUUAAGUAAGUAAAUACGAUGGCCGCUGGGAAUCAGAACCAAAGCUUCGUUCAAAAUACUGAAUUGGACACCGAUUUUUCGUCGUGGUCGACUGAUAUAAUAGGAUCAUAUUCGAUCGAUGCUCAAGGAAACUUCUACAACAACGACCAAAGAGAGCUGUGUAGUUUGAUUCCUAACUACGAUAGCAAAUACGGCAGUGAUCUGACAGCUGGUUUUGAUCCAUCGGUGAAAGAACAUCACUAUAGUCGACCGCUUGAUUCUUUACUGUAUUGGAUUGUUUUAAACAAGGAUACAAUAUCAAGAACUGGGAAUGGUCCAGGGAAACAACGAUUGGAUGCAGAUUUUGUUUUCACAGUAGGAACAAUGAGAAAGCUUCUUGCAACCGUGUUUAACACUGGAAGCUACAAACAGCCAUGGAAAAUGUACGCUAUCAAGUACAACGGUACAAUCUACAUCAGGAACGGGGAGAACACAAGCGAGGAACGACGUCCUGAAGAAGAAAGAAAGGAUGUUUACAUGGGAUUAAAGUUUGAAGAGUUGAUAUCAAAACUAGAUCCCUGUGAGUCGCAAGGCAAGCCGGCUGAUCGAAAAGUCGACGGAAGUCGACAAGGAUUCUAUAGCGUUAGAAGAGGCAAAUUUGGUGGCCGCCAUCUUGUGCUAACCAGAGCUCAAGUUGAUUUUGCUGAAAAUGGCAAGUACGUGGAGUGCAAGCUUUGUCCCAAUUACACGGGCCGAGAUGAAUGGAAGUUCCCAAUGUACAAGCUCCGUAAUUGGUGGUAUCAUAUGUGUGCUGCGGACAUGAAACAGGUCAUAUACGGCAUCCGGGAUGGCCCGACGUUAAAAGAAGUGUCUCGCAUCACGCCGGACGAGAUCCCGUUAGAAGUGAAUAAUCCUAAAAUGUCAUGUAAAACCAAGACUCAAUUAGCCCUCACCAGUUGGAAUCCAAUGGCGUGUAUAGGAUUUGUAGAUGAAUUCUUGCAGUGGUUGAAGGGUGUAGUGGUUGAGGAUAGCUAUGGAAUGGAUGGAGGUCGUGCGGUGCAGUAUGUACUAGAAUGGGGAAAAUCUUCGCCAUCUAUUGGUUACUCCCGUGAAGAGGUGCGCAUGUCUAAUUUUGUUCUACCUGAUUGGUACAUCAGAGAAAUGUCUGCUUUCUUUGGCUAAGUCGGGUUUAUAUUCACGCUUGGAACAUUGCACCGCGCUUCAGUAUUCUUCAGUAAGAAUUGACAAUUUCAUUAAAUUUUUUGUGGUCGGUUUACUAUGCACUGCAUGCGCACCUAAACCCUAUUAUAUUGUUUUAACGGAAUUAUUAUUUUUUUGGCGGAUUAAAAUCCCAAGAGCAGAUGCUCAUCCAGGGUUCGACCUUAUAUAGUAACCCCGGCCCAAAACGACCCCACUUGGAGCAAGUUUUCAAAGGUUCAACACGAUUUUGUUUUGAGGAGGUCGUUCUGGGGUAACCAAAGCCAAUUUGAAAGGGUCAUAAAUGACUCUGAUUUUUACAGUAMUAAUAAUUUACUUAGGACAGGGAAAAACGUUUAGAAUCUAGUAGAAAUUCUUAAAUCUUAGAUAAAUUUGAUAAUUGGAUAUUAAAUGUUUUGGAGCAGAUGUAAGGUAGCUUGUCUUUAACCAAUUUCCCCCAGUUUUCCGUGGUAUGUCCGCUUAUUUACCACGACUUUCGUCACCUAGCGAGGCGUAGCCGAGGGAAUCCACAACAUUUUGACGGCUAGAUGACGAAAAAAGUGGUAAAUAAGAGGACAUACCAAGAAAACUGGAGGAUUUUUUUUUUGCACAAAAAGUUAAAACUUUUACUACAAAAACAAAGGUAAAACUGGAAUGAAAAACGGGGUUUAGAAAGCGCGCGUGAUGGAUUUGUUGAUGUAAUUAAUUUAACGAUGUAACCUCCUAUUUUAACCGGCUCUAGACCAAUCGGAAAGCGAGAAAAUUCCAAAUAGUGGUAAAAGUUUAGAUAACGUUCAUAAUUACUUAAAAGUAUUAUUGAUUCUGGUCAUUUCUGUGGCCGGAUAUACUAGUAAACAUUGUGCAAGCGAUGUUUUUUAUUUGUUAAAGCAUCUUUAUUUGCACUCUUUGUAUAACUUACACACACUUUAUACRCUAUAUUUUCUAUAUUCAGAUUACUAAUAGUUGGGGUUUAUGAAACCUUUUUGACAUGCAUUCACGAAUUAAAURGAGCAAUUUGUAUAAUUUGCCAAUCAAUCGCAAAAUAAAGCAAUAAAUUUCAAUUGAUAAA